AUGGAGGUGGGGACAGCAGGGGACCCCCUUGGGGUCUGGGGGGACACCCCAGCAGGGACCUACAUCAUCCCACAGAGGCUCCGACCUGAGCCAUCUCUCCACGGGGCCGUGCCGGUACCCCAGCAGCCGGUGAUGAUCCUCCAGCAGCUUCCUGGGACCGUGGCCGCCCCCGCUGGACCCCCACAAAUCCGGGGAGAUUUAAUUGAGUUGAUGAUGAUUCAAAACUCCCAAAUGCACCAGGUGGUGAUGAACAGCCUGGCUGUGUCAGCGCUGACAUCCUUUGGGUUCGGGCCACCCCCUGCUGCUGCCCAGGCGACAGCGAUGCCUUUGCAGACUGGAGAGGAAGAGGAGGCUGUGGUUUUCCACCAUCACUACGUCCCCUACCCCAGUCCUGCUCCUGUCCUGGUGUGGCCAGUGCCACUCCCCCAGCAGGAUCGGGGACCGGCAGCCGUGCGGUACCUGGGCUCGUUAUCCGAGGAUGAGGAGGU